UCUUUCACGUUUAAUUGAGCAAUCCUUUUUGGGUCCAUUUGGAAAUGUCACUGCAACGGAAGAAUGUCGCCUAUUUCUACGACCGUACGUAUCUAUUUUUAUAGCCAGGCAGCGCGAGUUAGUACAUGCAUUUUCUGAUAUGCUAUGUAUGCUAUGUUGAUCUUAUAUAGCCGAUGUCGGAAACUUCCACUACGGGCCGGGCCACCCGAUGAAGCCGCACCGCAUCCGCAUGACACACAACCUGGUGAUCAGCUACGAGCUGUACAAGAAGAUGUCGAUAUACCGCGCAGCACCCGCAACAUGCCAAGAGAUGACACAGUUCCAUUCGGAUGACUACGUCGACUUUCUGAACCGCGUAACACCCGAGAACGCGUCCUCCUUCCAGCGCGAGCUGGCGAGGUACAACUUUGAAGACGACUGCCCAGUAUUCGACGGCAUGUUUGAUUUAUUUUCGCUCUCGGCAGGUAGCUCGAUGGAGGGUGCUGCGCGUCUGAACCGUGGCCUGUCAGACAUCUGCAUCAACUGGUCCGGUGGUCUGCACCAUGCGAAAAAGUGCGAGGCGUCGGGCUUCUGCUACAUCAACGAUAUUGUCCUGGCCAUACUCGAGCUGCUGCGGCACCACCAGCGCGUGCUGUACAUUGAUAUUGACGUGCACCACGGCGACGGCGUCGAAGAGGCGUUCUAUACGACCGACCGUGUCAUGACGUGCUCAUUCCACAAGUACGGAGAGUUCUUCCCAGGUACUGGCGAUCUGCGUGAUAUUGGCGAAGGCAAGGGCAAAUACUAUGCUGUCAAUUUCCCGCUGCGCGACGGCAUUGAUGAUGUCAGCUACCAGUCGGUGUUCAAGCCUGUGAUCCAGCACAUCAUGGAUUGGUACCAGCCCAACGCCGUGGUCCUGCAGUGUGGCACAGACUCGCUGGCUGGCGACAAGCUUGGGUGCUUCAACCUCAGCAUGGACGGCCAUGCCGAGUGCGUGCGCUUUGUCAAGAACUUCAACCUGCCGACGCUAGUACUGGGUGGUGGAGGCUACACAAUCCGCAACGUCAGCCGGGUGUGGGCGUAUGAGACCGGUAUCCUGGUCGGCUCCGAGAUGGAUCGCAAGCUGCCCAUGAACGACUACAUGGACUAUUAUGCGCCCGAGUACUCGCUCAAUGUCCCUGCAUACAAUGUCGAGAACUGCAACAGCGCAGAAUACCUGGAGCGCAUGACGAACCAGGUCAUCCAAAACCUCGAGCGCACAAAAUUCGUGCCCAGCGUGCAGGUCCAGGAUGUCCCGCGCGACGUCGACAACGACAUACACGAUGAGGAUGCGCUUGACCCCGAGGAGCGCAUGCCGGAGCCUGUACGCGACCAGCACGUCGUGCCCGAUACAGAGAUGUACGAUGCCGAUGCCAUGGGCUUGAAGGACGAGACACGCGACGGCACCAAAGUCAUCAAUGAGGAGAUCCACGAUAAGGAUGACGUCGAGAUGGAAGACGUUACCAAUGGUGCAAACAAAGCGACUGCAGAGAGUAGCAUUGUGGAUGCUGAUGAGCAGCCGAGCAAGGGGGCCAGCAAGGAGGACGCCAUGGAUGUCGAUGGCGCCGAAGUCGUACCAGAAACUGCAGUCAAGGAGGAAGCCGCACCAGUGGUGCCUGCGAAAGGAGAUGAGGGGAAGGAGAAGGCUGAAGAAGAAACUGUUGCUGUCAAGGUUGAAAAGGAUGCAGCCCCUGCGCCUGCCACAGCUGAACCACUGGCUGACAAACAGCCUGCUGCAGCGGAGCCAGUGGAAGCUGGGAAGGAAACCGCCGCUGCUGCCGCUCCAGUCGCUGAAACCCCCAAUGUGAAGGCACAGUCUAAGACAAAGGAGACAGAAGAAGUUCCAGAGCCGCCAGCAGCUCAGAUUACUACCAUCACAUCACCCCAGGCACCGGCUGAGACACAAAGCCUGGCAGCGGAGACGCCGAAGCUACCAGCGGAGACACCGAGGCUGCCGGCGAUCGCGCAGGUCGCCGAGAAGGAGGAAGGCGAGGCAACCGAGGAUGAUGACGAUGACGAGGAGGGCGAGAUCAAGGACUCGUAGCAGUUCUUUUUGUUUUGAUAAUUUCAAUCGAUUCCCAAACAUGGAAGGC